GUCACUCUGCGUUGUUAAAAUGAUUCACUCAUUUUUGAUUUCAUUUUGUUUUGUUUUAAUAAUAUCACCAAUAUCUUGCAUAUAACGACUAUUGAGGGAGACACUUUUGUCACAAUUGUAUGCCUUUUGAGUGUGCGAGUUGUGACGCGGGACCGUGAGAGAUGGAGACGAGUGCCGAGUCUGGCAGCAUGUCGCCGGCGCGCGUGAAGCUGGAGCCCGAGACGGACCAGUCGGAAAUGAGCAUUGUUAAAGAAGAAGCUGUAUUCCUGGAUGAAGAGGAGCGCGUGAAGGAGGAGUGGUCGGACAGCACGGCCGGGCUCGGCGUGAGCGAGGCAGCCAUGCUGGCCGACUUGUACAUCGAGCACGAGGUGAAGGACGAGCUCGUGCUGGGGCCGGAGCGCCCGCACCGCCCCGUAGUCGCCCCGGCCGCGCUAUAUAAUCGUGUCGCAGCGUCCGCUCUCGUCUCCCCUGCUGCGGUGUCGGGUGUGCGCCGCUCGUGCUCGGUCAGGCUGGAGCGCCUGCUGGUGGACGCGGCGCGGCGCACCUGCCGGGUCGCGCGCCGCACGUACAAGCUGCGCGCCGCCGAGCCCGCACACACACCCAGCGCCAUCGCCACCGGCUAUCAGUGUCACCAUUGCGGCAAGCGGUUCAGGAACAAGUCGGUUCUGAAGAAACACGUACACACUCACUCAGACGAGAAGCCUUUCAGCUGCAGCCACUGUAGCUAUAGGUGUAGAACAAAGGCACAUUUACGGCAGCACCUAAUGACUCACACAGGCGAGAAGCCUUUCAGCUGUACUCACUGUAGCUACAAGUGUCGAUCAAAAACAGAUUUACGUAGGCAUCUAAUGAUUCACACAGACGAGAAGCCUAUCAGUUGUACUCUAUGUAACUACAAGUGUAGAAGAAAGUCAGAUUUACGGAAGCACCUAAGGACUCACACAGGCGAGAAGCCUUUCAGCUGUAGCAACUGUAGCUAUAAGUGUAGAACAAAGGCACAUUUACGGCAGCACCUAAUGAAACACACAGGCGAGAAGCCUUUCAGCUGUACUCUAUGUAACUACAAGUGUAGAACAAAGGCACAUUUACAGCAGCACCUAAUGACUCACACAGGCGAGAAGCCUUUCAGCUGUACUCUAUGUAACUACAAGUGUAGAACAAAGGCACAUUUACGGCAGCACCUAAUGACUCACACAGGCGAGAAGCCUUUCAGCUGUACUCACUGUAGCUACAAGUGUAGAUUAAAAACAGAUUUACUGAAGCACCUAAUGACUCACACAGACGAGAAGCUUUUCAGCUGUACUCACUGUAGCUACAAGUGUAGAUUAAAAACAGAUUUACGUAGGCAUCUAACGACUCACACAGACGAGAAGCCUAUCAGUUGUACUCUAUGUAACUACAAGUGUAGAACAAAAUCACAUUUACGGCAGCACCUAAUGACUCACACUGGCGAGAAGCCUUUCAGCUGUACUCACUGUGACUACAAAUGUAAAAGAUCAACAGAUUUACGGCUGCACUUAAUGACUCACACAGACGAGAAGCCUUUCAGCUGUACUCACUGUAGCUACAAAUGUAAAAGAUCAACAGAUUUACGGCAGCACCUAAUGACUCACACAGACGAGAAGCCUUUCAGCUGUACCCACUGUGACUACAAAUGUAAAAGAUCAACAGAUUUACGGCUGCACUUAAUGACUCACACAGACGAGAAGCCUUUCAGCUGUACUCACUGUGACUACAAAUGUAAAAGAUCAACAGAUUUACGGCAGCACCUAAUGACUCACACAGACGAGAAGCCUUUCAGCUGUACCCACUGUGACUACAAAUGUAAAAGAUCAACAGAUUUACGGCUGCACCUAAUGAAACACACAGGCGAGAAGCCUUUCAGCUGUACUCUAUGUAACUACAAGUGUAGAACAAAGGCACAUUUACAGCAGCACCUAAUGACUCACACAGGCGAGAAGCCUUUCAGCUGUACUCUAUGUAACUACAAGUGUAGAACAAAGGCACAUUUACGGCAGCACCUAAUGACUCACACAGGCGAGAAGCCUUUCAGCUGUACUCACUGUAGCUACAAGUGUAGAUUAAAAACAGAUUUACUGAAGCACCUAAUGACUCACACAGACGAGAAGCUUUUCAGCUGUACUCACUGUAGCUACAAGUGUAGAUUAAAAACAGAUUUACGUAGGCAUCUAACGACUCACACAGACGAGAAGCCUAUCAGUUGUACUCUAUGUAACUACAAGUGUAGAACAACAUCACAUUUACGGCAGCACCAAAUGACUCACACAGGCGAGAAUCCAUUCAGCUGUACUCACUGUAGCUACAAGUGUAAAUCUAAUCGUUGUUUAAAGAGUCACCUGAUGUCUCAUACAAACUAGUUUUUUUUUUGCUGUAGCCACUGUGACUACAAGUGUAGAAAAAAAGGAAACUUACAGAAGCAUUUUAUGAAUGACUCACAUAAAUGAGAAGCCUUUCAGCUGUACCCACUGUGACUACAAAUGUAGAACAGAUUUACGGCAGCACCUAAUGAGUCACACAGAUGAAAAGCGUUUCAGCCAGCCACCCAGUGCCAUCGGCACCGUCUAUCAGUGUCACCAUUGCGGCCAACUGUUCUGGGACAAGUCGGUUUUAGAGAGACACGUACAUACUCACAAAGACAAGGAGUCUUUCAGUUGUAACAAUAACAAUAUGUAUUUCUUUAAAAUAAAUAUUGUUAUUGUAACCAAUGUGACAACUUGUCUUUAUUUCUGCACUAAUAAAGACAAGUUACAAAUUCACCCAAUGACUCACACAGUCGAGCAGAUUUUCAGUUGUAGCCAGUGUGACUACAAGUGUAAAAGAAAACGCAAGUUAAAAUUUUACCUAAUGGAUCAUACAGGUGAAAAGCCCGUCAGCUGUGAACAGUGUGUCUACAAGUGUAAAAGAAAAGGAGAUUUACAGAGGCAACUACAGUUACAUUUACAGUUUCUAAUGGGGUGGCAACGCGCAUGUGACACUGUUUGAGUUGCAGGCGUCCAUAGGUUAUGGUGACCGCUUUCCAUCAGGCUGACCGUAUACUUGUUUGCCACCGACGUAGUAUUAAAAAAGGCAUCUAUGGAC